CCGACAAGGUCCUGCUCGCCUGGGAGCGCACCGCUGUCUCCGCACGCAGCGGCUCCCCUCCGCCGGGAUCCGUCCCACGCCCCGCAGGGGCCCCAACUCGCAGGAGCAAAGACAGGGGGCUCCGGCCCGCCGCUGCGCUGCGCUGCGCUGCGCUGCGCCGCCCGCAUGAAGCCCCGGCACCGAGGAGGGGCUGCAGGAGCAAGCGAGCGAGCAAGCAAGCAAGCAGCCAGCCCUGCCGGUGAGCCGCACCUGAGCCGGCGCGUUGCUGGAGUAGCGCCCCGCGUGCCGUGCCGUGCCGUGCUGUGCCGUGACGCCGGUGCCGGAGUGAUGUAAGGAGCGGGCCGGGGCCGGUGGGCGGGUCGAACCCGGAGCUCGCUUCUGCCGCGCUCCCUCCCGCGCUUCCUCGGCGCCGGCUCCCGGCCACCUCCAUCCGCUCCCGCUGCCGCUCCAGUCCGCGCCAGCGCCGACCCCUCCAGCGCCUCUGCAGUCGCGCUCCGGCAUGCCCGUCGCCGGCGGGGGCCUGGUCGGGACAAGGCGCGUGAGGCUCGAGCAGAUCUCCGCCCAGCAGCGGGGCACAGCGCCGGGCAGCGUCUCUCGCUUCCUGCCGGCAUGAAGGGGCUUCUCCGAAGCGCGGCGGCGGAGCCCGGGGUCUGCCAGUGAAGAGCCCAGCCCGGGCAGCGGGACCGGCUGCGCCCUUGGGUCGGGAGAUGCCCACGCAGCGGCGGCGCCGCGGCCCCUGAGCGCGCCCAGCAGCGUCUGCCCCUCGCCGCGCGCGGACCGUGCCCUCGCCGCGCUCUCCGUCCCCGCCAUGGGCCCGCGGCACCUGCUGCAGCUGCUGCUGCUGCUGCUGGCCCUGCUGCUGGCCACGCAGGCGGCGGGACCCCCCCGGGCCAAAGGCAACCGGACCCAGGGGGCGGCAGCGCCCCGGAGGACUCCCAAGCCGGUCAAGGACCUCAACCACACUCUGGCCGGGCAGGGAGCCGCGGCGCCUACGACAGGGGCUGGCGACGGGCGAGCCAGGGGCCCAGGGAGCGGCGGCCCGAGGGCGCCUGCGGGAGGCGGCGGCGGCGGCUCCAGCCCGGCCCACGAGACCUGCUGGGGUUACUACGACGUGAGCGGCCAGUGGGACAAGGAGUUCGAGUGCAACAACAGCCAGAGCGGCUUCCGCUACUGCUGCGGCACCUGCCACUACCGCUUCUGCUGCAACAAGCGCACCGAGAAACUCAACCAGAGCCAGUGCCGCAACUACCAGACCCCCGACUGGGCUCCCACGACCACCUCCCGUGGCCUGCCAUUCCCCGAGGGCGGCCCCGAGGACCCAAACUACAAGUACGACCCGGAUAAGGACAGCACCAAUGCCACUGUGUACAUUUCAUGCGGGGCCAUCGCCUUCGUGCUCAUCGUCGGUGUCUUUGCCAAAGUGGCCUAUGACAAGGCACAUCGCCCACCCCGGGAGAUGAACAUACACAGGGCUCUAGCUGACAUCUUAAGGCAGCAGGGACCAAUCCCAAUAGCACACUGUGAAAGAGAAACUAUCUCAGCUAUAGAUACCUCCCCCAAAGAAAACACACCCGUCAGAACAUCCUCCAAAAACCACUACACACCAGUACGCACCUCCAAAAGCAAUCCAGGGCACUAUGGGAAGGAUAUUUAUCGAAGUGGAGGGCCAGACCUCCAUAAUUUCAUCUCCUCUGGAUUUGUCACAUUAGGAAGAGGACACACGAAGGAAAAACCACGCAUGAACAAUAUUCUUACUUCUGCUACGGAGCCGUACGAUCUCUCCUUUUCCAGGUCCUUCCAGAACCUCUCACACCUCCCACCAUCCUAUGAGGCUGCAGUCAAGACUAAUCCAAGUAAAUAUUCUUCUCUGAAGAGAUUAACAGACAAAGAAGCUGAUGAAUAUUACAUGAGAAGAAGGCACCUUCCAGAUCUGGCAGCACGAGGGACCCUCCCUCUCAAUGUCAUCAAAAUGACUCAGACCAACCACAGAGACAGGCCCCGCCGGCCCCUGCGGGCUAUGUCCCAGGACCGGGUGCUAUCCCCUGAGAGGAUCAUGCCUGAGGAGUUCAGCAUGUCCUAUGAACGAAUUCUCUCUGAUGAACAGCUUUUGUCGGCAGAGCGUCUCCAUUCCCAAGACCCCUUGCUCUCCCCAGAGCACUCGGCUUUCGCAGACCAGUCUAUGUCACGGGCAUUGUCUCAUACAGACGUCUUUUUUUCAACACCUGUCUUAGAUCGCUACAGGAUGACAAAGAUGCACUCCCAUCCUAGUGCCUCAAAUAACUUAUACAAUACCUUAAGUAUGAACCAAACUUCUGCUAAGCGCCAAGCAUUUGCCUCCCGACGGCACAACACGGUGGAACAACUUCACUUUAUCCCAGGAUACCACCAUUAUCCCACAGCAAGCAAAACAGAGGUGACUGUUUGAUAUGACCUUGUGCAUUGUAGAUAAACAGUAAGGACUGGGAUGGCCCCAGCACCCCACACUGCAGUGGCCUUGUUGGCCAAGAUAACCUCUAACUCAGCAUCUGAAAAGAUUUUUCCAACAGUCACACCUGCAUUGUUUUUAAAACCAUCCAAAAGUUGUUGACAUGAGAAGAAAAUUCAAGAUAUAGUGAAGGGAUAGUGGAAAAAUUUCCUGACAUGUAUCAGCUUCUAUUUAAGAAAGCCAUAGCAGUAGUUGGCACCUUCCAAGGGCUUAUCUGCACAAACUCAUUAUUUUUAUGAAUUUAAGACUAAUGUUUUUUGCAACAAGCAGACUCUCUUUCACAGAGCCCAUGAUAGGAAGGAGGAAAUGAAGCAUGGCAGAAGGAAAUAGCAGGGUGGGGCCCUGUUGCCAUCUCUCACUUCAGCCCUUGGGGCUGCUGUGGAACCUUUCAGUGACUGGAGGACAUUGCCCUUGGCUGCUAAAUGUCACAGCCAGGCAGAAAGAUGUUAGUGAGUUGCCAAGUAGCUGUUCUUCCUGAACCUUUGAGUGACUUCAAAGGCAAACUUUACUAGGAAUUAUAACAUGUAGUGACAUGAUUAGUUUGGCUAAAGUUCUGUUUAUAUUAAAUAUACUCAUUAAACAGAAAUAUACUAGUGCCUACAAAUCAUCUGCUCUAUUAGUGUAGGAAAUAGUAGGAUUGAUGUGUCAAUAAGCACAAUUAUGCUGAAAUGUUUCUUAGGCCUUUUCAGCACUCAUCACAAUUUUGCCAUGUCUCCCUCCUGUAAAUACAAAGGAGGGAUAGGAUUUCCAUUCCUUCAGCUUUUCAACAAUGCAAUGCCUAAGACACAAGUACUUACUUACUCUUAUACACUAAGGUUAAAAUUCUAGUUCUACUGAAAUGGCAAAAUUCCUAUUGACUUCAGGAAGCUAGAAUUUAUCCCUAAAUGUUUUUAUUUCUAUUAGUACUUAACUUCAAUCAACUUUCUCAGAAUUCUGUUUUUAAGUCUAAAUCAGGGGUGGCCAGAGUUACUUACCCUGGGAGCCACAUCUGAUCCUCCACUGAAGACAGAGGGGGAUGCUGAUUGACCAAGAGUGGAGGUAACCACCCUCCCCCCGCACUGCCAAGCCGCUCCAGCUUUCCCCGUGCGGAGCAUGCCCCAGGGUAAGCAGCAUGGUUGCAGCCUCCACCCCUGGCAGCCUGGUGCUGGGCUGUGCUGUCCCCUGGAGCCACCUCUAGAAAAGUGGGCAGGGCUUUGGCCAGUUUCCAGAGAGCCACAGCUUGCCCACUGUUGAUCUAAAUGUUCCUUUCAGUUACAAUCAUGAACUCAAUAUUCGACUACUCUUCUGCUAAAACUGCCUGGACAAAAGUGCAACACUGUCUACAGAAAACCAGAUGGGCAUUUUUCUAUCACUGAAUCAAUAAUAAUGGCCUAAAAAACCUUUCUUAAUGCAGGUUCAUUGAGCCCUAAUCCUAACUGAGCAAACAAUAACAUUUCAUGCACAUGAAUUAUAUAUCUAACAUAAAUAUCCUAAACGGGCAUGUGGUAAAUCUGAUAUAUAAUGAUAAUAAGAUACUGAAUGUCUGUACAUAGACUCAAAGGCCCUUCAUUUGUGAGUUUAUUUUUUGAGUUCAUAUUUAAAUUUUGCAGAACUAUCGAACUAGAAUAUACCUCUGUUUGUGGGAAGGAUAUCAUAGUAUUACAGGCCAGUUUAUCAUCCCACACCAAGCGACUGCACCCAUGGUAGCAUCAAUCUCUCUUCAGCAUUUCCACAGUAAUACCACAUGUUCAGAUUCGCAUCCCAUGAGCAAGUUGAUUUUAUAACUGGGAAAGAUGGAUCACCCAGCAGGAAAAGAUCAUGAAUAAUUAUAUAAUUACAUACCCUAAUACUUUCUCAUUUAACUAGCAGUCUUUCUUUACUCCUUCCCUACACUCAACUUCAGUCCUACCCACCAGUCUCUGGAGCUAACCUACCAUUGCCUUUCCUCUACAUUCCUCUUAGGGCCUUGUUACACGUUAAUUCUACUCAGCUCCAGGAGUUCUUAACCCCUGGACUGUCCAAACAUUAACAUUUGAAACUAGUUUUAAGAACCCAUUAGGCAGCUUAAAGUUAUUCCACUCCAGACUAGGUUUAUCUCUGAUCUGUGCUAUGCACCUCAUGUUACACUAAGGUGUACCCACUCUAGGCUUCACCUUAGUGUAAACACCUCCCCACCCCCCACCCCUACUGGCCCAGAUUGGGCCCACUCCCUCCCCGCAGCACCCUGGAUCCCCACUCACUGCCCUGCGCCCUAUCCCUGCUUAUUUGUUGCUGCCCCCACUGUCUGUCCCAGAGGAGCAGGCAGGGAAAAGUUAACUUACCUGCCCAGCCACCAUUGCCCCUGCUACUUUCUGGGACUGGCUCAUCCCUGAGAAGAACAGCAGCCCUUCAGUGGCAGUGGUGGUCAGGCAGACAGGUUAACCUUUCCCUGCCUGCUCCCCUGGGAUAGACUGGGAAGCCACAAGUAAGUAAAGGGGCGAGGGGACUUAGGGGGUGGGAAGAGCCUUGAAGGGUAGAGGGAAGGCCCACAGGUGGAGGGGGGCGUGGAUCUGGGGUAGCCCUGGGAGGCAGAGGGGUAGCCUGGAAUGGGAUGGGAGAGGAAUUUCUUAACUUUCAGUCUUCCAGGCUCCUGUUGGCCUGAAUGUGUGACUGCUCCAAACUUGAGCUAGCAUUAACACCAAUCAAUAUUUAAGGAGAUCACAGUGUAAUGUAUAACUAGGCCCUUAAUUAGACCCCCUGCUCUGGGUCUGGACAGAGAUCACAGUUAUAGCUAUAUAAGCUUUUCUGAUAUCAUUGUUACAUCUGCAUCCUCCCAUAGCAGCAAAAGUGGAGCAUACCCUUUAAUUCUGUUUCAUUCAGGGUUAAAUAAUACAACAGUUUAGCUCACUCAAAUUCCUAGAGGAGCUUCCAGACGUAACAGCUGAAUAAGAACAACUGAAAUGUGUUCCUAGGUGACAAAUCAUCCUUGCCUUCUAUAAGAAUUGAAAAUUACAUUUCUUAACAGUCUCAGCCUAUACACUCCUUAACCGAUGCCUCCCCUCAGUCUCCUUGUCCUGCCUCUCCCCCUCUCUCAUUCCUAUUUGUUCAGCUUUGGUUUGCCACCCCCAAACAAAAGGCGUAGGAUGCAAGCUGAUUCUAGUCUCUAUGCCUCUGCUCUUCCAUGCACAGGUUUGCUAUGAGGCAUCCAGGUUACAAUGUUGGAAGGCUGACUGUGGAAAUGUAAUCUCCUUAGGAGGGCUUUUAAAGCUAGUUCCCAUUUGGCACUUGUGCUGCAGUGCUCAAAGGUAAUAAAAGGCCAUUACAUUUCCCACUGCUUUCUGGAGUGUAUUUACCUCAAUCCCUAGCUCAGUGGGUUUAGUUAUACCCAAAAUGAAAGAGACAAUGAUAAGAAUGUAUUCCAGCGCUGACAAAUAUUUUUUUGUUUCAUGGAUCUAAGGAGGGUUUCUCUGGUCUAUAUGCUCUUCCUUAUUUCAUGCUUUGAGAGACAAAAACCUCCUUGGGAUGAGGUUAUAAACUCCAAGUAAAUCAUCCUGUUUUGACAAGGGAAGGAGAAAAAAGGAAGGCUUCCUUCAAGCGUAUCACACAAGAUCUCCUGACUUCUCUUUUCUACCUUCCCAAGGCCACCUCUUACCACCUCAGCCCAGUUAUUCCAAGCCAAACCCAUGCCAAAGGUUCACCAUCAGCAAAUUGCCAGCAGUCCAAGAGCCAUGGUUAAUUUGAACAGACUGGAGCUACUUGCAGCUUCCACAACCUCUAGGGAAAGUGUAGACACUGACAUUAUUUUCUCAAGUACCUGUGUAGAUUCUGUGUUGUGUUCUGAGCCAUUUGAUUUCAGAGCCUUCCUUUGUUUGCAAAACAUGACGGACCCUUUCUUACCCAUCCUAAACAUACAUUGAUAAUAAACCUCCAAAGACAGCAUGUCCCGCUCUUUUCCCUCUCUCCCAUACACAUACUUUUUGAUCUCAUGCAGCUGUAUUAAGAUUUGUUCCACAGAAACUAGCAGUAUGAAACUUCUUCAGGGAUUCCAAUACUAUGAUGACAGACCACAGAAGUUCCUCUUGAGACUGCUUCAUGCGUUGAAAGCCUCCCUUUACUUCCAGAAACUACGCAUGUCUGUGACUUGCCUGGUAUAAUGUGUUAAAUUGGUAAUUAUCACAAAGUUUCAGUACAAGCAGUUGUGUUAGAUUAAGCUUCUUUUCAUCUGAAAGGCUUUCAUUGAAAGGACUCAGGUCUGUGAUUGGGAGUCCUGGCUCUGGAUAGCUAUUGUUAUUGGUUUGCUAGAAAUCCUUGUUUUGGCAUAUCUAGUCUGAAUAAAAGGAAAACAACAUGUGCUGCAAUAUAGUCUCUAGAGUAGCAGGUGUUGACUUUAGUAAGAAUACGAGUGUGCACUAGGUGGAGCAGCUUUGUGAGAUAACCCUUCCAUUUCCUUUUCCUUUGGCAUAUACAUCCAGUCCUAGUAGCAGGAUGCAAUCCCCAUGGUUUCUUGGACACACAAACCCCACUUUCUCUUUUUUUAUCCUGUCCACAUCUGAACCACCAUGUCAUUCUGUACUGAGGAGAUAAGCAGAAUAUAGCCAGGAUUCCUCCGUAUAGUAUCUGUUGCUGGACUCAUCUAUUCCAACUCUUUUGUGCUUUAGCCCAGUUUAUGUUUAUUCUAUGAUAGUACUGAUGAGAAAGUACAUUUGUAUCUGUAACUUUGCACAGAAUGCUUAUUCUGUUCCCAGAUAGUCACAAGCCUCUGUGGACUGUCUACUUCUGAGAAUGUAAGUAGGGGAAGGGGAGAGGUUCAAAAUAGAAUGCCAGAAUGCCCUGUGAACAUGGCAUUUUUAUUUCCUUCCCAUUGCAUGCCCCAUGCAGGACUGUACAACCAGACAGCACUGUACAACAGUGGAUUGUACACAGUUUUAUCAAAUAAUGUAUCUAUAUCUAUAUCUCUCUAUAUAAAACUAUAUAGAAAACUCUCUGUAUAUUAGAAUAUAACCAAGAAGUUUUGAGUGACCCUGUAAUAAUUUGAUCUCUUGAGGUAUAUAGGGGAAACUGUUUUUAGUGUACCACAAACAAUCUAACAGAAAAUUUAUUAUCAGAAGUGUUUUAAAGGCAUAAAAUUGUGUUUUAAUGAAAAAAUGACAAUAUUUUUCAAUGUUUGAAUGCUCCUUUUUUUUAUAAAUGAGUUUAUAUGUUUUGGGAUUUUGGGAAGAUUGGGAUGGGAAACAAUUACCCAUGGGAUACAAGCUCUCAUUUCCUUAUCUGGACUUAACUUCUACCCACUGUCUUUUUUUUCCUGACCACUUGCAAAGCCAGUUUCCUGAUUAUGUAUGUUCCAGCUGCACACACAUAACUAUCACAAAAGCACGCCCAUCAGAAAUCUGCAGCAGUCUGAGAGUUGAGUGUUGAUCAUAUAGGAACAGAUUCAUACUGCAGAAAAAAAGUAAAAUAUUCCCAGUAGCUGAGAAAAGUCAUCAUGAAACAGGGUAAUAUUUAACAGGAAUGGAAAUAAAUUUUAUACUCUGUGAGCAAUUAACCAUUUUCUGUUUACACAAGAGACAUAGCUAAUCUUAGUUUUUGUUUCAGAUUUAUUGUGUACAGCUGGAGGAAGUGAUUCUACUGGACAAUAUGUAAUAAAUGUGGAUUCCAUGUGCUAGUUUGUUUCAGGGGAGUUAAAACUAUGGGAAAUAUGUGAAAAGUUGAAAUAAAUAUCAUCAUAAAAAGUGUUAGCAAUAAUCGUGUAUCGAGCUGUUUCAUAGAAAAUAGUCACUUGUAUAUUGAAUGUUUACAAGCUGACCAUAAAGACAUUCAGUAAUUGCCUGUCUUUAGGUGGUUUAGGGUUUCAAUCAAGGUGACCAUGUUGAGUUCUAAAUUCAGCUGGCUAAAAUAAAUCUGCAUUUCACUUGCUGAAGGCCUGUGGGCUUAGGGAAAAUGGAAUUUUUCUGUUCUUAUAUAUUUAUGUAAAUCUAAAAGUUAUCCAUAAUAUCAGUAGUUAGAGAAAUGACAUUCUGUGUCUCUUUUGUGACUUUCAUGAUCUGUAGAAAUUCUCACUGUUGGUCCUAUACACCAAGAGCAGUGAGAUGUGAGAAUCAUGGCGUUUUUAAAGUUCUGCUCACAUGACUUGUAUUAGCUUCUUACAACCAUAAUUCUGUAAAUCAGUUAGACAUUUUGUAGCAAGAAUUUAUUGAUUCUAAGAGAGAGAAUUCUAAUGUAAUAUUUUUAGUUUGGAGGAAACAUUUCCUAAGAGGGGUUAAGUGAUCUUUUUUGUGCUUUAGCCCAGUUUAUGUUUAUUCUAUGAUAGUACUGAUGAGAAAGUACAUUUGUAUCUGUAACUUUGCACAGAAUCUUGGUUAACCAUUAAAUAAGCUUCAAGAUGAGCAGUAUUUGACUGUUUUUCUCUGUAUUAUUCUUGUUGUUAUACUUACUUGUAAAAGCACAUUCUAUAUGUACUGUAAACAAAAAUAUUAUCAGUUUAGUAAAAUUUAGAGUCUUAAGGAUUUUUCCACUUUUGUCAGUAACAAAUAUUUAUGGAUUAAAAAUAAAGCAAUUUCAACUUAAAAA